AUCGCGAGAGCGGAGUGACUUGCGUGAAAUUAUCCGGUGUUGGUCUCUGAGGCUAACCAGCUAUCAUGGGGAACAUUUUUGGCAACCUUUUGAAGAGCCUCAUUGGGAAAAAAGAGAUGCGGAUUUUGAUGGUCGGGCUGGAUGCAGCUGGGAAGACCACAAUCUUGUACAAACUGAAGCUGGGAGAGAUAGUGACUACCAUUCCCACUAUUGGUUUUAAUGUGGAGACUGUUGAGUACAAAAAUAUCAGUUUUACAGUGUGGGAUGUUGGCGGCCAGGACAAAAUCCGACCUCUGUGGCGUCACUACUUCCAGAACACACAAGGUCUGAUCUUUGUGGUGGACAGCAAUGACCGUGAGCGAGUGAAUGAAGCAAGAGAAGAGCUGAUGAGAAUGCUGGCUGAGGAUGAACUGAGAGACGCUGUACUCCUUGUCUUUGCCAACAAGCAGGAUCUGCCAAAUGCCAUGAAUGCUGCAGAAAUCACAGAUAAGCUGGGUCUCCAUUCCCUGCGCCAUCGUAACUGGUACAUCCAGGCCACUUGUGCCACCAGCGGAGAUGGUUUAUAUGAGGGCCUGGACUGGCUGGCCAACCAGCUCAAGAACAAGAAAUGAGGAUCCGAGAGCAACCGGUGUGGGCGAGGAGUCACCCUAGUGGCAGCUCAUCAGGGAGCACCAGUAGUUUUUUCAUUCUGUUUACAAGCUGAGACCAACAGGAGCCGGGUCAUUUCAGACAGCGUAACCCCUCGCUAUGUCCCACCUAACAGAUCCGUGAGAUGAUUGGGGCACCCAUGAUUCAUAUUCAUAAUAACUAGUGAAAACAGAAAUGUUCACAUGUGAUUCAAACAUCUCAGUUUCUCGUGUCUCUACACUGUAAAUGUCUAAAAAACACGACGGGAGUGAAUGAAAAGCUUUUACUUAUAUACUGUGGGAGUAAUUCUUAAAUGCAGGUCAUUUAAACUAUAUUAACUGCACUGAUAGAUGAGAAACCUGUUGAUUCAGUUUCCCGAAAUAUUUCAGUAAAAUCAAGUGAAAUGUUAUUGCGAAAACAACGAAGAAACAUGUUGUGUUUUUUGCUACAGUGGUGUUGUUUUGCUACUGAAAAUUAAAUAUGCAUUGUGAUUUAUUAUUAGCAUAUCAGCCAGACUUCACGACUGUCAAUGAUGAUGCUCUUAUUGCAUGUAUUCACACAAUAACCAGUGUCUCUGCACAGGUUGCUGAGCAAGCUUUGGUUAGUGCUUUAUGUAAAUAGAUAGAGGAUCUCUUGUCUUGGCAUGCACGUUUCGCAGCGAUUAAAUAGCACAUUGUUCUGUGUACGAGAACCGUUUCUUAUUGUUCACUACCCAAGCUGCUGUUUUGUUGUGUAGCUAAAUGCGUUUGUUUCACACACUGUAUCCGCUGCUCUUGCAUGCUGUUUGUCUGUGUCGUGCCGUGUAGACGUGCUCAUUGACUGUGUCAUUGCAUUCGUGCUAUUGACUUUUUGCUAGUGUUGCUUGGGCUGAUCUGAGCUGAACAAGAGAUUUCUAUAUAGCCCUGUGACUGGAAAGUGUGUCGAAGCGAAUUUAUGGUAGACGCAGGUACUAAUAGACUAAAUAUUUAUGGCUGUGUGUGUACGCUCUUGAAUGACUAAGUGUGUUGAUAUAUUACACGCUUAAUAAAGUAUGCACUUAGAUAA